CUGAAACUGAAUAAACGGAUUUGUGGAAAUGUUGGGUCCUCAAGAAGACAAAUUAUGUGGAAUUAUUUCUGCUCUGGCGGCCUUGUCCUUUGUCUGCUUUGCACAAAGCACCUCAACCGGAAGUAGCGGGAUAUCUGUGGCCAAGACGACAGUGGACAAAUUGCUGAAGGGGUAUGACAUCCGUCUUCGGCCAGACUUCGGAGGUCCUCCAGUCAUUGUGGGAAUGAGUAUAAAUAUUGCCAGUAUUGACUCCAUCUCAGAAGUCAACAUGGACUACACCAUCACCAUGUAUUUCCAACAGAGCUGGCGGGACAAACGGUUGGCCUAUUCUGAGAUGGCUUUGAACCUCACUUUGGACAACCGUGUGGCUGAUCAGUUAUGGCUCCCAGAUACCUACUUCCUGAAUGACAAGAAGUCUUUCCUGCACGGUGUGACGGUGAAGAACCGAAUGAUUCGUCUCCACCCAGAUGGCACAGUUCUUUAUGGACUGAGAAUAACUACUACAGCAGCCUGCAUGAUGGACCUGAGACGGUACCCGCUCGAUGAACAGAACUGCACCCUGGAGAUUGAGAGUUAUGGAUACACCACAGAUGAUAUCGUGUUCUUCUGGCAAGGAGGGGACAAUGCCGUGACAGGUGUGGACAAACUGGAGUUGCCUCAGUUCUCCAUUGUGGAGCUACGUCUUGUGUCCAGAGAAGUGAGGUUUACUACAGGUUCAUACCCUCGGCUGUCGUUAAGUUUUCGCAUCAAGAGAAACAUCGGCUACUUUAUCCUGCAGACUUACAUGCCCUCCAUCCUGAUCACAAUCUUGUCUUGGGUCUCCUUCUGGAUUAACUAUGAUGCCUCUGCUGCUCGUGUGGCCCUGGGUGUAACUACGGUGCUCACUAUGACAACCAUCAACACCCACCUGAGGGAGACCCUCCCAAAGAUCCCCUAUGUGAAAGCCAUUGAUGUCUACCUCAUGGGCUGCUUCGUCUUUGUUUUCCUGGCCCUGCUCGAAUAUGCCUUCGUAAACUACGUGUUCUUUGGACGGGGACCCCAGCAACAGAAAAAGAUCAACGAAAGGCUAAACAAAGCCACCAACGAGCGUCCCCGUUAUGAGGAGAAGCGUCUGAGGGAACAGGACUCCAUUUCAGCGCCGUUUCAAAGCAACACCCUCAGGUCAUAUACACAGAGAAGAAAUCUGUAUCUCGAGGAACAAAGAAAAGUUGGGGUGGAUGCUUACGGAAACAUUCUUCUCACCACUUUGGAGAUGAACAAUGAGGUGAUGCCAUCCGAUGUUGGCAGCAGCGUCAGUGACUCACGGAACUCCGUCAUGUCUUUUGACAGCCCCGGAGUGCAGUUCCGCAAGCCCAUGGCUUCAAGGGAUGGGUUCAGCCACCACUCGUUGGACCGCAGCGCCAUGCGCAGUCGUGCCAACUGCCGGCUAAGAAGGCGCUCGUCCAAGCUGAAGCUCAAAAUCCCUAACUUGGCGGAUGUUAGCACCAUUGACAAGUGGUCCCGGGUCAUUUUUCCUAUCACUUUUGGAUUCUUCAACCUUAUCUAUUGGUUGUAUUAUGUGAAUUGAUAUGCGUUCCCCUAGGAAACAUGGGCCAUAUUUUGAGAGCACAUUAAAUUUGUGGCUUUGAUACAUUUGGAAAAUAUGUGAACACAUAUAUGAAAAGUUGAUACAUAUGUAUAUGCAUAUUUCUAUAUAUUAUAUUUCUAUAUACACAUGCGUGUGUAAAA